GAUCAUUUUAGCUUAAAUCAUCAUUUUUCUUUUGAUGUGUUGGUAAAAAGGGUCUCUUGAUCACCAUUAAUUAUGAUUUAUGUAUAUGAACUGAGUUAUGGCCUUAUGUGGUGGAAGUUUUUUGUCUUUUCUUCUUUAAUAUAUGAUCAUUCAACUGAAAUUAUUGUUUGGUGUUUAAUAAGAUGAUUGAAAAGUGAAAACCAUUAGGGGCCAUGAGGGUCUGAAAAUCUUCUGAAAUUCUGAUGAUCUUUAUUUUAAUUCUCCUUUUUUUAUUUUAUUUAUUUUUUAUUCAUGCAAUUUUAUAUAUCUUGAUCUUUUUCUUUAUUUUCCCCUUUUUUGAGCACCUUUUUUUUGCAGAAAUUUCUGUUGAAUUUGGAUUUGCAAAAUGACAAGGACCAGCAGAGGAGGGCUAUGAAGACUGUCUCUAGUCUUUCAGGAAUUGAUGAAAUCUCGAUUGAUCUCAAAGGAAAGAAGCUACUAGUGAUCGGGACAGUCGACCCUGUGAGCGUCGUGAGCAAGUUGCGCAAAAAGAAUUGGUCGGCCCACAUAAUCUCGGUUGGGCCUGCCAAAGAGCCCGAGAAGAAAGAGGAGCCCAAGAAAGAAGAACCCAAGAAAGAAGGGGAGCCCAAAAAGGAGGAGCCCAAGGAAGAAGCUAAGAAAGAGGAGCCCAAAAAGGAAGAAGCUAAGAAAGAGGAACCGAAAAAGGAAGAAGCUAAGAAAACCGACGAGCCCAAAAAGGAGGAAAUGAAAAUGAAAUUCGAGCUACCACCCGAAAUGGCUAUGCUUGGUGCACCUCAAGCAUUCCCUUAUCGACCAUAUAGACCAUAUUACCCUCCGCCACCACCUAUGAACCCGUACUACCAUGUGAACCACAGCAUUGAAGAGAAUCCAAACGCUUGCACUAUUUGCUAAAUGUGAUAGAAUAUAUAUAACGGGACGAACUUAAGUCAGAAUUUUCUUGUUAUGCAUAGAAUUAUUAUGCAAAUCUUGUCCCUUGUUGUAUAUAACUUUUUUAAAUAAAAUUUUGGUGGUUAUAAUUCGGUUCCUAUGUAAAAGUGUAAUGUUCUUUACCUCCAUUAUGCUUCAAGAGAGGAUAGAUGCCUUUUGUUGAAGGCUUUGCUGGAAAGGUGUAAUUUUCCACGGCUUUAUUAUUCCUAAUGAAGACAAAAGAUUUUGAUGGCAACCAAAUGGGGUGAUGAUGUAUAUGAUUAAAUAUAUAUAUAUAUAUAUGUGUGU